CGACGGGACAAGGGACACGAGGCACAAGACAGGCGCCUAGGGAGCUCCAUUCGCACGGCAAGACGCGUCCAUUGCUGUACAACUUCAUCGCAUAGAAGCUGCUUUUUUCUCCGCUGUAGGGCCCGAUACAUUGCCCGCUCAGUCUUGUUUUGUUGACACGACCACGCGCCAAGCAUUAUCCGAACAUCAUCUAUUGGGUCACGGCUCGGAACUCUCUACAGCCAUGCUCUCAAGCAAUGCGCAACAUGUGAACACAAUUACAGGGGCAUCUCCUGAUCAAGAGACGCAUUAUCGCUUCCCGACGGCCCGCUUACGGACGACACUUCAAGAUUCAACGAGAGAACCGCUCGUUCUCGUUGCCUGUGGUUCCUUUUCGCCCAUCACACACCUUCAUUUACGCAUGUUUGAGCUAGCGGCAGAUUAUGCGCGGCAUUCGACCAAUUUCGAGCUCAUGGGCGGAUACUUCUCACCCGUCUCGGAUGCGUACAAAAAGGAAGGCCUUGCACCUGCAAAACAUCGCUUGAAUAUGGUGAAACUCGCCUGUGAAGAGACAAGCGAUCGCUGGGAUGUAGAUCCAUGGGAGGCCACAAAAGCGGCAUAUACACCGACAGCGCUUGUGCUGGACCAUUUUGAUUAUGAGAUAAAUACACGCAUGGGCGGCGUGGAGGUGCGUCAGGGAGAGAGAGAUCCAGAGACGGGCAUGCCUGUUAAGCGGAGAGUAAAAAUCAUGUUGCUUGCUGGAUCCGAUCUGCUCAAGACCAUGUCUGACGAAGGUGUUUGGGACGCAAACGACCUGAACCACAUUCUUGGCAACUACGGUGCCUUCAUCGUCGAGCGUAUGGGAGCUGAUAUCAAAAAGGCAACGAGCGCGUUGUCUGCCUGGAGCAACAACAUCCAUCAAGUCGAGCAGACGGUGCUCAAUGAUGUAUCGAGUACAAAAGUAAGGCUGCUGCUUCGCAAGGAAUACAGUGUUCGCUACCUGUUGCCAGAAAGUGUGGUGGAUUACAUUGAAGAGAAUGGACUCUACUCACGUCCAUUCCACCGGCAAGGUAGUACGUCUGUGGCGACUGGCGAGGAGCACGCGAAACCGAAUUGGGAGAAGCUCCUCACGCAAAUAUCAAAAUGAAGAAGCAUAGCCUGAUCUCGUCAUUCACGAUUUGCUACUUAAUGCUUCCCCAGAUGCACA